AAUGAAAUACAGGUGUUUGUGAUGACAUGUGCCAUUAAUUCUCAUAUACCAAUCAGCCUGCGGGUUUGACGUGGGAUGCUAUGCGGCGCUGCGUUAUAUUAAUGGCUUUGUUAUGUGGGGCUGUGGUGGUGAGUUUGGCAGCUAAGUCCCAGACAUACGUUGAAAGCAUUGCAGAUCCUAAGGUGAUGGGAAUUCUGAAAGGACCAUUUCAAUAUCCUAACCUGCUUGAGACUUAUAGACAUAGUCUGAGAGAGAGUGUGUCUUCCAGGAUCAUGCAGUCAGCAUGGAAGAAACUGUGGCCUGACUUUGUGGCAGCCAGGGAUUUUGAAAGCUUUGAAGAUGAGCCUGAGAUGCUCAUACAGAGGAUCCUUGAUUUGCUUGCCAAUGGGACCACUCCAAUGCUCAGGACCACUUGGCUUACCGUCAUAGUGGUAGAAAACAGCCCAGAAUGGCAUCUCAUUUUUAUGAAGCUGACAGAUGAAAUAAUGGACCGGAUGACCAAGCAACAUUUCAAGAUGAUGAGUGGCCCCAUUGUCAGCUCCGACAUUAACAAUGCCAUAGUCCAUUAUGGUGGCGGUAGCAAUGGCAGCUCCAGCAUCAUCACUGAUCAAGUGUAUUGGUCACAUUUGGCUACCAAUGUGGGAAGUCUUGUUCUUUUCUACUGUGAGCUGCUGGCAGUCAGACCACUCAAGACAUAUUCAGCAUCAGUAUCGACAGAAGGUCUAUCUCUGGCAUCAUUUGAAUUAACGUCAGAAUCAGAAACUUCUCCAGCUGCUGGUUCACUGUUUUUCUUCCAGCUGCUUCCUGGCUCUGGCUGCAUCAUGCUACUCUUUUACCGUCAUUCUAUCUCACAUACUCAUGUCAACACAGCCAAUUUUCAUCUUCUUGCCACUCUGGUCAAGGAGGAACUAAAUGGGGUCCCAAAGUACACAUAUGAAGGGGAAAAUAAUAAAGCAGGAAUUGUAGCAUUUAUGAGAAAUCCUGGGAAGGCACCAGAGAAGCCCAAAGAGGAGGUUUGGUCUGACACACCUAGUGACGUGGCUCAUCUCACUGAUACUACAUUUCAUGAAUUCAUAAAGGGUGAAACAUCGGUGUUAGUAAUGUUUUAUGCCCCUUGGUGUGGACACUGCAAACGCAUGAAGCCAGAAUACACUGCUGCUGCUACAGUUUUAAAAGAAAAAGGGAUGGCGGGACGGUUAGCUGCUGUCGACACCACGAAGGAAACUAAGCUGGGCUCAGAAUUCAGUAUUAAAGGCUAUCCUACCAUCAAGUACUUUAAAGAUGGAGAAUUUGCUUUUGAUGUAUCCUCAGCGAGAGAGAAGGACAAGAUAAUAGAAUUUAUGUCAGACCCAAAGGAGCCCCCUCCACCGCCGCCGCCUGAGAAACCCUGGUCAGAGGUGGAAUCCUCAGUUGUACAUCUAACUGAUGAGAAUUAUAAAUCAUUUCUCAAAAAGAAAAAGCAUGUUCUUGUUAUGUUUUAUGCCCCAUGGUGUGGUCACUGCAAGAAAGCCAAACCUGAAUUUACUGGUGCUGCAGACAGAUUUGUGGAUGACCCAAAAGUUGAGUUUGCUGCAGUCGAUUGCACAGCUUACCAGGCUUUGUGUAGUGCAAACGAUGUCAGUGGUUAUCCCACUUACAAGUAUUUCAAUUAUUACAAGAACACUAAACCAUAUAAUGGGGGACGAACAGAAAUCGAUUUCGUGAAAUUUAUGGAAGAUCCAGAGAAUCCACUGAGUGGCUCUCCACCUCCGCCACCUUCACCAAGGGAGGAGUGGGCAUCAGUGCAGGGAGGAAACUUAAUUCACCACUUAACAGAAGCCACUUUUGACACAUUUAUCAAUAACAAAGAGGCUCUUGUUAUGUUCUAUGCACCAUGGUGUGGCCACUGUAAGGCCAUGAAGGGUGACUAUGGUCAAGCAGCAGUUGAGUUGGCUGCUGAAGGUCAGACUGGUGUGCUGGCCACAGUUGAUGCCACUGUUGAACGUAGCCUAGCCACACGCUAUCAGAUCCAUGGCUUCCCUACGUUGAAAUUCUUUAGACGAGGUCAACUGAUAACAGAAUAUAAUAGAAGUCGUAAAGCAGCAGAUAUUAUCGAUUUUAUGAAGAAUCCUCCAUUAGAUGGUAAAGAUGAACUAUAGAUGAGAGAAGGCUGUAGUUUUUUAUGGGAGUGUAUGAGAAUGCUAAGUAUCAUUUGUAUGCCAAAUUUAUUAUUGUGUAGCUAAAAUGUAUAUGAUGAUGAGCCUUAGUGAACAAGCCUUACAGAGAGUUUUCCUUAAUAUUAUUUAACUUCAUGCAGUAAAAAUGAAAUAAACUACUCAGUAUUUUGAAAAUUUAUUAAUUGAAAUUAUGACAGAUUUCCAGUGAAAUCCAAAUACAGUUUGUCAAAACUUUUAAUAUUAUAUUGUCAGUAUUAUACUAAAUUUAGGCCACGUUGUUACUGUUGUAUUGAAAGGAAACAGUGUAAGAUUUCAUUUUAAUUUACUCUUUAUAAUUUUCUUGAAGGAUGGGAGGUGUGUGUGGUUGUAUGCAUCUUAUUUUAAUAACUCAAAAAACCAGGGAUAAAUUUUUGUGAUCUGGUUUAGUACAAAUUAUGAAACAAAUACUGACAUUUCAUGGAAUUUUCCAUGAGGUUGUAUUUAGGAAGGUGAGAUAUGGUGUACCCAAGACUGAAGAAAUUACUUAGUAGUUACAAAGGAGACAUUCCAAUUCCUUAUAUUUUAAAGCAUAUUAGAGAUAUAAAACUGAAAUAAAGUUGUAGUUACGGCAGCUACCAUACAUUGAUAGUUCAGCCAUUUUCUUGUUAACAUUUUACCAGACAGCUUGAAUUCAUGAAGUUUCAGUGCAAAACCUUUUUCUAGGCUUCAUGCGUAAGUGAAAUGAAUGUUUGGGAUUAAAUGCUUCUUACCAUAAUUGGCAAGAUGGUUGCACGUCAGCAUUCCACAAGUGCCGUCCCUAGUAUGGCCUAUAAUUUGACUAAGAAAUAUUUUAACCGAGAAGAAUAUUUCAGCCAACUACCCAUCAUUAAAUUGAAAAAAAAAAAUAUAAUUGUAAAAAAGCAGAAAAUGUCCUUCCAAACUAUUUGCAAAGAUGUGACAAAUAACUAAGUAAAUAUUUACGUCUUACCUUUGAAAUAUAAAUUUAUAAUUGGCUGUUGACAUAUGACAGUGUGACCUUUAAUGUUGAUACAGAGUUUAUGUAUUGUUAUAUACUAUAAGAUUGCAACUAUUAAUGUCCCACACAAUGAUAUAUUUAUGGCUAAUGCCUUCUUGGGCUCCUUGGUACCUACUUUUGUCAGCUGAUAGAACAAAUAUGUAAUAAUAGUACUAAUUACUUUCACUAGUUUUCCCCUCAUAUGUUGUAGUUCAGGGCUUACAAUUUUAAUAUUAUUUUAAGUAGAUUUUUCCUUGAUCACCAGUUAACCAUGAGAUUUAUUACCGGGAAAGGUUAUAUAAAUAAAUUUGAUCAAACUGUGGCACAACCUUU